AUGGCCUACGACCCACGUCGUGUAAACACCGGGAGCACCACUCCCCAAAACCCUCCUCCCCCUCCCCCUCCUCCACCCGAGUCCACAGGCAUGCCUCCGCUCACCGUCGCUGCUGGCGCGGCUGCGGCAACGGCAACUACCCUCGCGGAGCCCCCUGCCGACGCCUGGAAGCUCAAGUUCUGCACGGUCUGUGCCUCCAACAACAAUCGGUCCAUGGAGGCGCAUCUGCGGCUCUCCACAGCCCCGACCGCGUUCCCGGUGAUCUCUUUCGGCACCGGGUCGCUGGUGCGCCUGCCUGGCCCUUCGAUUACCCAACCCAAUGUGUACAGCUUCAACACGACCUCCUACAACCAGAUGUAUGAGGAGCUGCAAGACAAGGAUGAGCGGCUAUAUCGCAGUAACGGUAUUCUGAAUAUGCUCGACCGCAACCGCAACCUGAAAUGGGGCCCUGAGCGCUUCCAGGACUGGGUGCCCGGCCUCCCCCGCCUCGACCACGUCUCCAAGGGUGAUAAAGGCGCGAUCGGCGCAGAGGCCGGCGUUGUCGAUGUCAUCAUCACUUGCGAGGAGCGCUGCUGGGAUGCCGUCGUCGACGACCUCAUGAACAAGGGCAACACCCUGAACCGCCCUGUCCACGUGUUCAAUAUCGAUAUCAAGGAUAAUCACGAGGAGGCUCUCCUGGGUGGAAAGGCCAUCCUGGAUUUGGCCAACCGCCUCAACGACGCAGCCCUGGCGCAGCGGAAGAGGCAUGGCCUCGAAGGAUGGGAGAAUGGCACCGGCGCGGCUCGUCUGAGCUUUGAUGAGAGCGUCCCGGAGAUCCUGGCCGAGUGGCAGGAGAAGAACCCCAAUUUGCCGGCGCUGUGGACGCUAGCCUGGCUGUAG